AUGCUAGAUUGUCACCGGCUUUCUUUUCCGAUCACCUCCUUCUGUCCUCCUUCACUUACUUCAGGUGGUCUGUGGAAACUCAACCGCUCCCUGCUGGAAGACCAGGUUCUGGUCGGCCAGUACCGGGAGCGGUACCGUGAGUGGCAGACCCUCCAAGACCUGUACGAAACACGAGCACAGUGGUGGGAGAUGGUGAAAGGACCGGGAACCAGUGACUCCAGUGCGCGGCCUCCUGUAUGGAGACGCCUCCACCGUUUGGCGCAACGUGAGCCAUCCCGUCCUUUCAAACAGACUCCAGGAUGUCAUGGAUGGUGGCUCAUGGGAUCCUGCCGGUCAGAGCUGUUAUGCUCCCGCGGCAUGUCUGCAACGUCCAUCUGCCCCCGACCCGGUUGUGGCGCGCCGGAGUCGGUGAGGCACCUGCUGUGGGAGUGCAGCGCUGCUGUGGACCUGUGGGCGAAGGCCGGCUCCUUGCAAUUCCCACACUUGCCAGCAAGGGAGGUCCUCCAUGGGCAGCUAGUGCUGUACGGGGUGAGCCAGCAGAAAAUAAAGAAAAAGGACUUCGCUGAGAUGUGGCUCACCCUCGCCACCAUCAAAGACGCCAUUUGGACCUCCAGAAACUUGCUGGUGAGCAGGCGCAGGCAGAUGCCCCCGGUGGCUGUGAUCCGGAUGACGGCAGCAAAAAGGAAAACAUCAAGGGCUGCAGGUGGCGCGCCAAGGACACAGCCACCAAGGAGAAUCGCCUGCGCCUACGUGGACGAAGGAGCCGGUGUUAUGCCCAGAAAUGCAUGC